AUGGCAGUCGUCAUCCGUUUACAGGGAUUGAGGAUCACGGCUGGUUCUCAAGAUAUUCGCAAAUUCUUCACUGGACUCAAAAUUCCAGAUGGUGGUGUACAUAUAAUUGGAGGUGAGCGAGAGGAAGCGUUCAUUAUUUUUGCUUCCGACGAAGAUGCAAGAAGAGCUAUGACGCGCUCGGGUGGACAAAUUAAAGGGGGACCUGUGACAUUGCUGCUCAGUAGCAAGACGGAGAUGCAGAACAUACUUGAAAAAAGUACAAAGAAUGUAGAGAAGGAUCAAAAGAGUCAUUCUGAGGACAAAUCAAGGCAUCCCCGAAGAUCUGUGGAGUCCGACACCAACAAGAGGUCAGCCAGUAGAGCAGACAUCUCUCCACCACCACGCCAAAAGAGAUCCUUAAACAAAGCGUCUUCGUGUGUUUUUCUCAAAGGAAUGCCCUUCAGUGUGUGUGAAGGAGACAUUGUUGAGUUUUUCACAGGUUUACAUGUCAUUGACAUUAUCUUGUUAAGAAAUAGAGCUGGAAAAAUCAAUGGAAUGGGUCUCGUGAAAUUUUCCACCCCCGAUGAAGUAGCGGAAGCCAUGAAGAGGAAUAGGGGAUAUAUUGGUUCCCGGUAUGUGGAUAUUUUCCCAUCGUCAGAACAAGAUUGGGACUGGACACUCGAACGAUUGCAAUCCAGGGGUGGAGACCCAGGGGGUGACCAGUUUGAAAGACGUGGAUCACCUCCACGUGGUCAAAAGAAUUUCCAACACCAUACGAGGUCAGAGUCACCUGAAGGCCAAAGGGUGUCAUCGUCUAGUGAGGAGUACUGUGUUGUGGUGGACAACGUCUCCUUUGCAGUGGAAAUAGAUGAUAUGAAAAGAUUUUUCCGCCACGCAAGACUCAACGAUGACCAGAUUUUGUUCACAAAUUCUGACGACAAUAAAAAUAGGUCUGCAUUUGUACUAUUCAAGACACUGCGAGAGUAUCGUGAGGCAUUGGAUCAGGAGACAAAAUCCUUUUUCAAUCGAUUGGUUCAUGUCCGGCCAAUCUCAAGAGAAAAAGUGAUAGCCAUUAUGGAAUCUCAGAACAUGCAUGACAGCUCUUCUGGAAACAUGAGAAGGAUUAAUGAGAGGCCUUCAGUCCGUUCCCGGGAUCAUUCCGACCCAGAGAAGUGCGUACUUCUGCAAAAUCUGCCCUCUGAUGUGCGCAAAGUGGAGGUCAUGGACUUCUUCAUUGGGAUGAAUAUCUCUGAAGAGGACGUGCACUUGCUCCGUGACGAUACAGGUGCGGGGACCGGCAAGGUCUUGGUUCUGUUCUCUUCUGAGGCAGAAGCCGCAAGGGCGCUUGAUCUUGAUGGGCAAAGGUUUCUCGGCACAGUGGUUGCUGUUAGAUGCAUUUCGCGUUCUCAGAUGCGGGAGCUGCUUGCUGGGCCGCAGGCGGUUCCCGGGCCACAGCGAAGAUUUAAUGAGUUUCAAGGUGCUGGUGACGGCAAGUACACUGACUUCAGGGGCUCUCAAACUGGUAAAGUGCCAAUGAAUAUGGGGCCUGCAACCCACAGAGGCUAUGAUUCUUCUAAAGAUCAGUUUGAAAGCGGAAACGGCGCUCGUACUAGUGGCGGUCCUCGGACUGACCACUUCACCCAGCCCACCUGUGUAAAGCUAAUUAAUCUGCCAUUCCAAGUUAAAACAGAAGAAAUCUAUGAUUUUUGCCAUGGAUAUCGCAUUAUCCCAGGGUCCAUCGUAUUGCAGUAUGACAAGAGUGGAGCAUCUCGAGGUACAGCAACUGUAGUGUUUGAGACUCGGCAGGAGGCGAUAAUAGCAGUGGAUGAACUCAAUGGGAGGCCGAUAGGUGCUCGAAAGAUUCAACUCAUCAUUCUUUAA